AUGAACCGCGGCUCUAUCGGAAAAGACGAUGUCGAGAUUGUCGAUCAAACUGCUCAUGUCGAACACAUUCUCAAGCCUUCUCUUGUCACUCAGAUUGGAGACUUUCGUGUCGUCGGUUUGACCCCCGAGGAUGCAGAUUUCUAUAACAACUAUCCGGAGGACAAACGAAAAAGAGUCUUCCAUAAGGUCGAUAAGCGUCUGAUUCCCAUGCUCGCAGUGUUAUACUUGAUUUGCCACAUUGAUCGUGCGAAUAUCGGCAAUGCCAAAAUCGAAGGCAUGGUCCAAGAUCUCAAGAUGACUGGGUUGCAGUAUAAUACUGUACUGUCUAUAUUCCCCAGUAACAUCCUUCUCAAAAGGUUCAAGCGUCCUUCGGUGUACCUUGGACUUCUUGUCUCGGCCUGGGGUAUUGUCAUGACAUGCACGGGUCUGGUCCAGAACUUUGCUGGUCUUAUGACCACCCGAGUCCUACUUGGUGCUCUUGAGGCUGGUUUCUUCCCUGGUGCUAUUUACCUUUGCUCCUACUGGUACAUGCCUAGGGAAUUGGCGCUUCGUAUCUCAUAUUUCUACUGUGCCAGUGCGCUCUCCGGUGCAUUUUCCGGCCUGUUGGCUGCCGCUAUUGCCAAGAUGGACGGUAUUGCUGGACUUGAGGGGUGGCGGUGGAUCUUCAUUCUGGAAGGUCUUGCUAGUGUGGUACUAGGUGUUGCCUGUUUCUUCCUUCUCAUCGACACCCCGGCUUUAGCCAAGCGCUGGCUAUCCCCUGAAGAAAUUCGCUACCUGGAGCUUUCAAUGUUCGUCAAGCAAGGAGGAACUAGUACUAGGGAGUCGGGUUUCAAGUGGAGAGACCUCAAGGUGGUCCUGAUGAACUGGAGGAUAUAUGUGCAAGCCUACCUUUUAUUCUGCCAAUCGGCCUUGUCUUACGGUACCAAGUUCACCCUCCCGACUAUCACCAAAGCCAUGGGAUUCAGCUCCACAAAUGCCCAGCUCACUUCCGCCCCUCCAUACAUUGCCGGCGCAAUAUCUGCCAUCGUGUUUGCACGGUUGUCCGAUCGCUUCUAUUGGCGAAUGCCAUUUGUCUGCAUCCCCAUGGUAUUUGUCGUAGUAGCCUAUUCUAUUAUCCUCUCCCUGAACGGGGCGCUGGAAGCAAAAAAAGGAGUGGCAUACUUUGCAGUCGUCUUGUCUGUCAUAGGUAUCUAUCCCAUUCAGCCAGGAGCUGCGUCUUGGAAUGCAAACAACAUCGCCCCAGCGUCUCGACGGGCUAUGGGCAUCGCGCUAGUGAACUGUGUCGGCAAUGUCGGUGGCAUACUGGGUAGCUUCAUGUAUAUCGAGAAAGAGAGUCCCAAGUACACCACUGGAUUUGGUCUCAGUUUGGCACUCGGUGGGGUUGGAUUCUUGGUAGCUUUGUUCCUCGAAUGGACAUACAAGAUGGGCAAUGCAAAGAAGGCAAGGAUUGCAGAUGAUGCAAGAGUUAACUACACGGAGGAAGAAUUGUUUGAUAUGGGAGACAAGUCACCCCUAUUCAACCAGCGCAAGCCUCUUAGGCAGGUGCCAUCCUAUAUCAAACGGUUUCGUGCUGAUUUCAGUUUGCUCUCUUGGUUCCUUCCGUUCUCUUUUUACUUUCCUGUCUCCCACAUCUCAAACUUUUUCAAUUUGCCCCUUCUCGUUGGUAUCAACUCACUCAAAGAGAAACACACCACCGCCACCAUGACCACCGAUGCGUCAACAACCCCAUCUGAGUCGCAGCCGACCGAACCUGGCCCUACAAGUCCUUUCUACGGGAUGUAUGGUCAUUACUGGAAGUCAAACAGGGAUGUGCCGCCCACCAAAUGGCUUCAGGAGAGCAAGAAGCUCUGCGCUUGUGAUGCCCAUCAGGCAAGCCAGUGGCCGAUGGAACACGCAUUAAUUACGAUUCCUCGCUGCGCCUACAAGUGUCCCUACUGCCCAAAGUUCGAUACCCUCGAUAGUACCGAGCCUCAGGUGGUGAAGCUCCGUGCUCAUAUCAAGAGAAAAUCAUAUGAAUUCCUUGGGCUCGCUGUCACCCCGGCCAGAGUCACAAAAGCCCGCGUGCCGUGGGUUAGCCUUGUUCAACUUCAAUCACCUACUUCUAAUCCCAUUGAUUCUUCUUGUAAGCCAUGA